GAAUCGGCGCUGAAAAUGUCGACCAGUCGUCAGUUUAGCGAGAGCAGGGCCAUCCCGACCAGGACGGUGUUGAUUAACGACACAACGCAGCUACCUCAUGACUAUUGUACCACCCCUGGAGGCACUUUAUUCUCUACCACCCCCGGAGGAACCCGGAUCAUCUAUGACCGUAAGUUCCUACUGGACAGGCGCAAUUCUCCCAUUGCCCAGACUCCCCCAGCUCACCUGCCUGUCAUCCCUGGAGUGACCAGCCUAAAUGUCCUGAGUGAGAACCAGAAGAAUGAAGCCAACAACCAUGAUGGCAAGCCCACAACCGGUGAUGAUUCUCAGUUUGAAAUGGACAUCUAACAGACUGGAACCACACCAGCAAACGCAAAUGACCUGGCAUCACACGUGCCAGUGGCUUGGCUUGUAGAAACCAAUGUUGUGAGCCCUCAUGGCAGCCAUCUUCUUUAGCUCUGUGUCUCGAUGCUGGAUGUAAUGUGUGUAAACCAUGGGGAUUCAGUAAAUCAUACAUACAGGUACAGUGUGGCCAACUCUGGAAACUAGGUUUAUUUGUAUAGAUUUCCAUGGUGACCAGUCGCUGUACAAAUCGACAGCCACACAGCAAGGGAGCGGGCCUGAAUAUUAUGUACCCAGACACAUUGUCCAAUUAGUAGAUUGCAGUGCUCAUCUUACAGCGAGUCAGGAUCCUUAACAGAGCACACUGUAACACUGAUAAAAUUCCAAGUUAAUUUGGGGAGGAAGUGGUCAUUUUUAAUACUGGCCUUAGAAUCAGUCAAAAGCUUUGAUAUUCAUCACAGUCUUUGGUUUAGAAGACCCUUUUAAGCAUGUUAUUUAAGUGAUUUUUAUUUCUUUUUGGUUUUUGGAACUACUUGAAAAGCUCCACAAUCUCUUAUCGGUUGUUUGGUCUGUUUAGUUUCCCGUGGUGGUAUGUAAAGGGAUGCUGUGUUGUUUUUAUUUUGCAAUUGGGUGAAGAUUUCAUGCCAUUCCAAGAUUUUAGUUUCCAUUACCAACACAAGCCUGUGUGAGUUUCCAAUUUUCAGGGUAAAACAUUUUUUUAAUGAAUUUCAGGCCGCGAUUUAAUUGUUUUGUAAUAGUCAAAUGAUUGUAUUUCCCACUAUUAUGAAAAGCUAAUUAUAAAUCCAGCAAUUGACAACAAGCUUUUCGUUUUAGAAUUUAAUUUCAGUCUAGUAUUAACAAUAUCAAGCCACUCGAUUCAUCACUAUUGUUACCUUGCUAUACAUCUAUUUACACAUUUCUCUCCUGCCAAGAAAAGUUAAUACACUUUUUCUCCAGAUUUGAUGGUUACUUUGGUUUGCUGUGUUGGCAGGAGCUUUGUGUUCAUAAUUUGAUCAAUCUAAGAAAGAAGAUCAUUCUUGGCAACAUCUGCCAGAUGUUUUUGAAUAUCCAGACCAGAUAAACAUUUAGAUUAUGUGUACCAUGUGGUAAUGGUUAUCGAUUUUUGAAAAACUUGAAAUAAUCCAGAUGUUUUAUAUGCAUUUUAUUUUUUAAUACAGUUUCUAAGUAUUGAGGGUAUUUGUUUGGGCAUAAGCACUGUCAAGCCUUUGGAUUUGUUACAAGUGUCGAGGAGCCAGAAGACAUUGUUUGCAUCAGGCUUGAUAGAUGCUAUUCCUGAAUCUACAAAUCUUUCCCUAGUGUCUUUAAUCAUGUUACACAUUACCUUAUUCUUUUCAUGUGUCAUGUCUGCCCAUGCCUUACUUGACAUCAAAUGCAGUAACUAAAACUAGGUUCCUUAUCAUCAAUUUGUACUUUCCAACAGAUGUUUAUUUUUUCACUGUAACAUUGAACAGGUAACAUUGUACUUAGAAAUUGAGCAAAACAAAUACUUGUUGAAAAAAUGUUUCUUUUUUUCAACAUAAGUUCCUUCCUCAAGCAGCUGUGAAGUUUGAAAGUGUGAUGGUGUAUAUGUCAUUUUGAGAUUCAGGCUCAUUUAGUCCCAAUUAUUUUAUUUUUUUUUAUUUGUUUUACACCCCAAUCCUACUCCUGUCUGCUAAUUGUACUCUGUCCAAAAUAGCAGCUCUAAACUUGGCAAACAAAUCACCAUGAAGUUCCUGUUUUUCAUUCAAAAUCCAUUCAUACCAUAAGUUUGUUUCUCUGUAUGACUGGAACCACUGAAUGGCUGAAAUGAUGUCUAUCAAAGAUUACAUUUUUUCUUUUUGGCUUUGUAAUUAAUUCUGGCCAUGUUUGGUGACAAACACAUCAAGGGGUUGCUUGAACCCAAUUUGCAUUGCACAUUUUUGGUGAUAAAACUCUAUAUUACGACAUCAUGAUUCAGAUUUGCAGAUUUAUUUCAAACCAGUUUGGCUUGACAAUGAGGGCUUAACAUUGUGUGUUGAAAGAGAUUUGAAACAAACUUACUUUAACUUUCUGUUUCUUGAUUUUAAAUAAUUUUAUUUUAAAUGAAACUCCAAUGCCAGUGGACACUGUUGCUGCAAGAUCAAUAAAGUUCUGUAACAAAGAAAA